GCUUCUCCUUUCCUUCUCCGUUGGGUCGGUUUGGCCAUUUUCCAAUUUUCCAUCCUCAGAUUCUUCAGUUCCUUCAUCAAGAAUCUCCAUUUCUCUCUGGUCCCUAACAAUGGCGGAGGCAUCUGCUGCCCUCUGUUUCUCCUCCUUCUCCUCGCCCCACUGCAUUUCCCGCUCCCUCGACCUCUCCCCCUCUUUCCUCUCCUCUCCUAGAUUUUCCUUUUCGGUUUCUCAUCACCGUCCCUCUCGUCUUCUCCGUUUCUCCGUCAGAUCCUCCGGCUCCGGAAGCUUCAUGGGGGACGAUUCUUCCGGAUUGUUUCCCUGGGCCGACGGCGGCAGUGAAAUCCAUUGGGUUCCUGAGGAGAGAGUCACAUUGUUCACUCCAGAUGGGCUUGUUCAGAUUGGAGGUUCAAUCGUCCCUCGACGCAUCUCUUCUUCAGAUAAAAAACAAGGGAAAUCAAAGACUUACCAGAGAUUCCAACGGUUCCAAGAGAGUGAUUAUAUGGAUCCCAAACAGAGCAUAUGUCUUGGUGCAUUAUUUGAUAUUGCAGCUACCAACGGACUUGACAUGGGAAGAAGACUUUGUAUCUUUGGUUUUUGCCGUUCAGUGGAGAUGCUCAGUGAUGUUGUGGAAGACAUUGUUUUGGAGCAAGGUGGAGAGGUUGUAGCAGCAGAGAAGGCAAGUAAAGGGGGCUUGCAGGAAAAGCUAACCAUGACAGUAGCUGUUCCACUACUUUGGGGGGUUCCUCCUGCUUCUGAAACUCUUCACUCAGCUGUUCAGAGUGGUGGAGGGAUUGUGGAGAAGGUCUAUUGGCAAUGGAAUUUUUUGUAAAUAUGACAUUCUUACACCCUUUUAACCAUCUCUUGUGCAUUCUGUACAUAAACAUUGAUGUAAUUAUAUGUACAAAACUCCAAAGCCCAAUUGUUAAAUGUUAUUAACUAAAUAUUGAAAAGUAUAUCAAAUGAUUGGUUUAUUCUGGCC